UCAUAGAUGGUUCCUAUCACCCCUUUUCAGACCAGGCCAAGGCUGUCUAAGCUAAGAGGACAGCCAAACCAUCUGUCCAGAAGCCAUGGGACUGCUACACUCUAAAAAGAAAAAGCCAGAAAAAGAAGCAUCACUCCAUAGAAACAACUUGGAUAAGCUCCAGGCCGAGGAGAAUGAGGCAGCCACCAAGAUCCAGGCCUGGUGGAGGGGCGAGCUGGUGCGACGGACGCUGCUGCACGCGGCCCUCCGCGCCUGGAUAAUUCAGUGCUGGUGGCGGGCUGUGUUGGCUCGGGAAUUGGACAAUCGCCGGCGGACUAUGCUGCUGCUCUACUCGCGGCAGGAGAGCGCGGUGGUGAAGCUGCAGGCGGGAGCGCGCAUGUGGCGGAUUCGCCGCUGCUUCUGCCGAGCUCGGGCUGCCGCCUGCAUCAUCCAGGCUUACUGGCGCUGGUACGCCAACCGAACCCGAAAACUGCGGAGCAACCACACGACGGCAGAGCACUUGGAGAUUGAUAUAAAAAUUCUCGUUUAGGAAUUCUGGGGUCCAAGGGCUAGGGUGGCUGUGGGGGGACCCCUCGAGCUCUCCCUCUCCCAAUAAAGAGUAUGGAUUGGACCGAC